AUGCCGAGGAAUCGCAAACGGGGUAGACAGGCAGAGCGAGAGCCGGAGCGCUCUGCGCGCGGGCGCGAGGAGCCAACUGCCGCCGCUGCAGUUACCGCCACGAGCCGACGCGUUUCCCGCUCCAAACGCGAGGCUGCCGGGCCAUCAGCCCCACCAGUCGAUGGAGAUCAGCCUGACGCGCACCAGGCCGACAUAGCCGUACAAGACGUCACCUGGGCGGAGCUGGCCCCAGCGGCGAUCAGCAAAAGGUUCUCCAUUCACUUGCACGAGUGUGGCUUGCGUUUCUUCGACAUCUCCGAUUUGGCGGAAGGUGCGAAGUGCGUCAGGUUCUACCGGCGCGCCUCUCGCCUCGUCACGGCGAUCUACGACCUCUGCGUCAGGCAGCUGCGCACCGACGUGCUGGGACGCUGCCACGCCGCCCUCAUCGCGAUCGCCGAGUGCCAGGAGCAGCACCGCGAGUUCGAGCCGUGGUGCUGGAAGAGCGUCAGGGGCGAGCUCGCGCUCCCGCUCGCGCGCGUCGGGGGCUCGAUCACUCACCGCAAGUUCAAGUACCAGGUCCGCUUCGUGUGGCGGUGCCUCCUGCGCCUCGCCGCGGACGCCGAGGGCGGCGUGACGGACCUGCCGAGCGAGUUCCUGCCGGAAGAAGGCGAGGACGUACUGGACCAGAUGAUCGCCGACGCCAUGAGGUACUUUGACGUGUCAAACGCCUACUCGAGCGACUACGAGGUCGAGGUCGGGGACGGCGUCACAGGGACGGAGCACCAGGCGUUCCUGAAGCGGCGUCGGGAGCACAUGAACGGAAAGUGGCGCUGCGACGCGAGGUAUUACAUCAUGUGGGCGGGCGCCGAAGAGAGGCUACACGCCGCCUGCUGGAACUACUGCGAGGCAGACAGGUCCUGGCCGACCGAUGAAGAUUAUCAGCCGAAGCCUCUCCACGAGCUCCAGCGCGGGGAUCACUGCCCGUGUCUGGGCAUGCCACUGCCGAACGAGCUGAUCCCGGACGAGGCGCUGCGGCCGGGGGCGCUGAAGCUCGCGGAUGCGGUGGCGAGCGACCGCUGGUCGGACUUGCAGCCAAACAAGGUGAAGCUUCAAUGGAGCAUUGACGACAUCACGGCAUCGCAGGGCACCGAAUGCGUCGAGCGAGACGAUUCCCGGUGGGACAUUACAAGCGAGCAGCGGGAGCAGGCGGAGCAGCGGCGCAAGGAGGCCGAGAAGGAAAUGCUAGAGGAAAUCAGCUCGGCGUUUGGGUGGGGGGGGAGGUAUCCUCAGUCGUACGAGGACCAGGUGGACGCGUGGUGCGAGGGCCGGCCGCUGUAUCCGGGGCACAGGUGGGACUGA